AGAAGCAGCAAAAAACUUGCAGCAAUAAAAUAUUAUCUACGUUUACGAAUUACCAUUUCUAGAAUCUAGUCGUGUUUUUAUAUUCUCGCUGGGUUUCAGAAACCAAGACUGAUUAACUCAUGUAACUUGUUUGUACCUAUACAAUUCAUUAGCAUCUGAUGAUGACGAAUUGUCUCGAAAUCUAAAUCGGAAGUUAUAGCAGUACUGAAUUUGCUGCCUGUGUUCUUUGGCGUGCUUUAUGUGAUGUCUGACGGAGAUCCAUCUCUCGAAGAAGACGUCCCAAAGCCUUUGUUAGAAAAACCUGAAGAAAAUGUAUUUACACCUAAGAUAACGACUCCUAUUUUCGCUGGAAGUGUAAAACUCCUCCAUAGACCUUCGGACUCUGCGGAAACGGAGUCAUUCUUAACCGAUGCCCAACGCAAUGACUUUGCGUUCCAACAGCUAUUCCAAGAUGGAGAUGGAGAAUUACAAGAGACGGAGAAAACGAAGGAAGAGCGGAUGGCGGACCUUCACGCCAUGUCGGUCCUGAGCACAUACCAGGACAAUCUGUCGCAGGACAUGAACACUGAUAGGGACAACGGCAGCGAGGCCUCGACGAGGCCUGUGGAGGACUGUGGGUGCGGCGAGUCCGUUAUGCCGCCGGACCUCGUGAACAAUAAUGGGAAACCCGUGGCCAACCAUUGCUCGAUUGUAAUGGGCGGUAUUUUGAACAAUCCAUCGCUUACGUUUAACGACGGCGUGCGAUCGGUGGACUACGUACUAGUGUGGGAGGCUGGUAAGGAUGAGGCCACUACGCCGGAAGCAUUCGAAAGCCGACGGGUCUUCGAGCAAAACCUCGAGAAAGAAGGCCUGCAGCUCGAGAGAGAAGCCCCGGAAGAUUUGUAUGGACUGAACUUUAUUAAGAUUCACGCGCCACUAUCAGUACUUAGAGAUUACAGCGAAAUCCUAAAACUGAGGAUGCCUAUGAAGGAAUGCAGUAAGAUACGCAAAGGUGGGCGGACGAAUGCGAUACUGAAUGCUGCCAUGUAUAUGUCAAAGUUUUCAGCUCUCAAGGACGUUCACGAUAAGACCAACAGUCUCAUAGACAAGAUAGACGUUUGUUGGGACAAUUUCAUGUCGAAAAUUAGAGUCGAUCCUAAAUUGUUCCCUGAGAGAAAACAUCGACUUACGGCUAUUUAUUCUAAGGAUAAGGAGUACUUAUUCGACACAUCUUCGGAAUGUUUCUGGACGCCGUCGAUCCGCUCCCGCAUCGUGCAGUUCAUCCUCGACCGGAGGAAGUUCUCCGUAGACCUCAGCGACGAGUUCGCGUUCGGAAUCUCACGGCUCAUUGAUAACAACGCCUACAGCGCAGCAUACCCACUACACGAUGGUGAACUCAAAACUCCAGGCUCAAUGAGGCAUCUUCUUUAUACUGAAUGGGCGAGCGUUUCCAAAUGCUUAAAAUAUCAGCCACUGGACUACGUAAAGGAUUACUUCGGAGUUAAAAUAGGUUUAUACUUCGCAUGGCUUGGAUUCUAUACACACAUGUUAAUCCCAGCGUCAGUGGUCGGUCUCAUUUGCGUUAUAUACUCAGCCGCUACCGUCUUCAGCAAUAAACCCAGUGAAGACGUUUGCAACUACAACUCGUCGAUAAGGAUGUGCCCGCAGUGCGACUAUUUCUGCGAGUAUUGGGACCUCCGAGCGACGUGCCUUCAGUCACGGAUAACGUACCUGUUCGACAACCCAACUACGGUGUUCUUCGCUAUAUUCAUGAGCUUCUGGGCGGCCUGUUUUCUGGAGCUAUGGAAAAGAUAUUCUGCGGAGAUGACUCAUAGGUGGGACUUAACAGGAUUCGAUGUUUACGACGAGCACCCGCGACCGCAAUACUUAGCGCGUUUGGCGCACGUCAAACGUAAGCAGCUUAACGUGGUGACUGGAGUAGAAGAGCCCAUGGUGCCAUUCUGGCGGAUGAGAUUGCCCGUCACGCUUAUGUCGUUCAGCGUGGUGGCCUUACUUGUUCUACUAGCGCUGGCAACAGUGCUUGGGGUGGUGUUGUACCGAAUGUCUCUGCUUGGAGCGAUUAUACUGCGAAGAAAGGAUAACAAACUCCUAGCUUACAGUCCUAUCAUGUUCACAACUGCCACUGCUGCGUGUAUUAACUUGGUUUUUAUCUGCAUAUUCAAUUACAUCUACCAAUUCCUCGCAGAAUGGCUCACAGAGAAGGAACUUCUGAGAACACAGACGGAAUUCGACGACUCUCUCACGCUUAAGAUUUACCUCUUGCAGUUCGUCAAUUAUUACGCGUCGAUUUUCUACAUCGCCUUUUUCAAGGGCAAGUUCGUUGGUCGACCAGGCAAUUACGUGAGACUGUUUGGACAGAGACAAGAAGAAUGUUCGCCGGGAGGUUGCUUAUUGGAGCUGUCUAUACAGCUGGCCAUCAUUAUGAUUGGCAAACAGUUCAUCAACACCAUCGUCGAAAUGAUGAUGCCCUAUUUGCUCAAGUGGUGGAACAUUAUUAGAACUAUAGGCAGAAAAAGACGGAUUAAAAGUCCAAUGCAGUGGGUAAAAGACUUUAAGCUAGUCGACUUUGGAAACAUGGGUCUCUUUCCCGAAUAUUUGGAAAUGGUGUUGCAAUACGGCUUCGUGACGAUAUUCGUGGCGGCGUUUCCGCUGGCGCCGCUUUUCGCGCUCAUCAACAACGUGCUGGAAAUGAGGUUGGACGCCAAGAAGUUCCUCACGUGCUACCGCAGGCCCGUGCCGCAGCGGGUCAACGCCAUCGGCGUGUGGUACCGCAUUCUCGACUCUAUCGGGAAACUCAGCAUUAUUACCAACGGUUUCAUUAUAGCCUUCACAUCAGAGUUUAUCCCUCGCCUGGUGUAUCUCGCCGUGAAGGGGGAUAUGACCGACUACGUGAACCACACGCUCACUGACUUCAACAUAACCGUGCUCGAACAUCCACCGGAAGGCACCAAGUACAAUGGGACAAUGUGCAGUUACCCGGGCUACUGGAACUACAAGGACGGCGAUGACUAUGAGCAUACUAACUGGUACUGGCACGUGAUGGGAGCAAGACUAGCUUUCGUCGUCGUAUUUGAGAACGUGGUAGCCCUAGUUAUGAUAAUCGUCCGCUGGGCCAUACCGGACAUGUCCGGCGACUUGCGCGAUCGCAUCCGUCGCGAGGCGUACAUCAUCAACAGCUUCAUAAUGGAAGAGACACGCGCGCGUUCUGCGGUCGAGCGGUCGCCCAUACCGGCCAGCUUGGAGCACCCAGAUGAUCGCGAUGCAGCGGAAUCGACUUGGAACCAUAUUGCUUCCCUAUCAGGGUCGGAUUUCGACCUGGCGGCCCACGGUGAUCAUCAGGACCUUAGGGACAUAUCUAAACACGUAGUAGCUGACCCUCCCAACAAAACCCCCGAUCCAGCUCAUGUAUGAACGUUAGUAUAAUAAAGUGCGACCUCGAUAUAACAAAUCGGAGGGGAACGAGUCAAUAUUCGUUAUAACAAGUUUUAGAUAUAUCAAUGUUUGUUUAUAUUUGAAGUCAAAAAAUAGUUUUUACUCACCUCAACAUUGUUUAUCAUAGUUGAUAAAAUGUUAUGUUGAAAAAAUUCGUAAAUUAGAGGUAUCGGAUUUUUUCCUUCAUAAAUAUACCUUUAAAUUACGAAAAAAUGUUCGCAAUAGUGCGGGUAUAUUUUACAUUGACUCUUAUGGACAAUUUGUUAAAUCGAGGAAGUCUUACGUUAUAUUAAGGUUGCACUGGAAUAAGUUUGUACUCGCGCGUCACAAGUUGAAUAAAAGACGAAGCUUCUACCUUUAUAUACGCUGCGUAGGCGCAUCUUAGCGAGCACACAAUUCAGAAACGUGUCACAACAAGCUAGUUUAUAUACACGUCUCCAUUUAUAGCGAAAUCGUGCCGCUUGAUUUUUUAUGAGCGUAUAUCUUUAUACCGUAUGCAUAUCGCUAAGCUGUGUUAUUCCAGAAAUACCAUAUCUUGUAUUUGAUAUUUCGACAAGCUGACUGUAAAACUAAAAGUCGUUAUUAUUUUCUGGUUAAACAAGAACAACAUAUAGAGGGUAACAUAAAAAAUAUCAGAAAGCUUUCGGCCUUGUAUUUCCUA